AUGCUGGAUGGACACGUCCUGCUGGGAUGGCUCUCCUCCUGCGCGCUCCUAGGGCUGCUCGCCUGCGCCCCGCGGCCCUCCGCCGCCUACUUCGGGCUGACGGGGAACGAACCCCUGACCAUCCUCCCUCUGACCUCAGAAAUGGAGGAGGCGGCCGUCAAGGCCCACUACAAGGUGUGUGACCGCCUGAAGCUGGAGAAGAAGCAGCGCCGGAUGUGCCGGCGCGACCCCGGCGUGGCCGAGACGCUGAUGGAGGCCAUCAGCAUGAGCGCCCUGGAGUGCCAGUACCAGUUCCGCUUCGAGCGCUGGAACUGCACCCUGGAGGGCCGCUACCGCGCCAGCCUGCUCAAGAGAGGUUUCAAGGAGACAGCCUUCCUGUACGCCAUCUCCUCGGCGGGGCUGACCCACGCCAUGGCCAAGGCGUGCAGCGCGGGGCGCAUGGAGCGCUGCACCUGCGACGAGGCCCCCGACCUGGAGAACAGGGAGGCCUGGCAGUGGGGAGGCUGUGGGGACAACCUCAAGUACAGCAACAAGUUCGUCAAGGAGUUCCUGGGGAGGAAGCCCAACAAGGACCUGCGAGCCAGGGUGGACUUCCACAACAACCUGGUGGGCAUGAAGGUCAUCAAAGCCGGCGUGGAGACCACCUGCAAAUGCCACGGCGUGUCCGGCUCCUGCACCGUCCGGACGUGCUGGAGGCAGCUCUCCCCCUUCCACGAGAUCGGCAAGCAGCUGAAGCAGAAGUACGAGACCUCGCUCAAGGUGGGCAGCACCACCAACGAGGCCACGGGGGAAGGCGACAUUUCCCCCCCUAAAAAAUCCAUCCCCGGCCACAGCGAUCAAAUCCCAAGGACUACGGAUCUCGUCUACAUUGACGACUCCCCGAGCUUCUGCCUGAUGAGUCGCUAUUCCCCCGGCACCUCGGGACGGAAGUGUUACAAGGACAAGAACUGCGACAGCAUCUGCUGCGGCCGGGGCCACAACACGCAGAGCCGGGUGGUGACGCGCCCGUGCCAGUGCCAGGUGCGUUGGUGCUGCUACGUGGAGUGCAAGCAGUGCACCCAGAGGGAGGAGGUUUACACCUGCAAGGACUGA